AUGAUCAACCAACCUCCUUUCCACAUAAAUUGUAACCACCACUCUAUUUAUACCAAAACUCUUCACUUCCUGUUCCUCACCACCACCACCACCAUGGAACCCACCAUCAUAGGAACCUCCGAUUUCAUUAAAGCCUACUCCGAUGGUACCAUUGAGCGUUUCAUACCGGAAACAUCUCCGGCCUCUCUUGACUUGUACGAUGGCUACAAGUGCAAAGAUGUAACCAUAGAUCCAUCAAAACCAAUAACUGCAAGACUUUUCAUCCCCACCGCCGCCGUCAUGCCACCAUCACUACCAAUCGUGGUAUACUUCCACGGCGGCGGUUUUGCAAUCGGCUCCACCACAUGGCUAGGCUACCAUCACUUCCUAGGAGACCUUUCCGCCGCCACUAAAUCAAUCGUUCUUUCCGUCGACUACCGUCUCGCACCGGAAAAUAGGCUUCCGAUUGCAUACGAAGACUCUUAUGCAUCCCUCGUUUGGUUAUACAAACAAAAACCGUCCGAUUCCUGGCUCCAAGACGCCGAUCUUUCUAGGGUUUUCCUCUCGGGAGAUAGUGCCGGAGGAAACAUAGCUCACCAAGUAGCCAUUAGAGCGAUCCGGGAUACGCAGUGUCCGGUUAGGGUUUCUGGAAUACUCUCCAUUCACCCGUACUUCGGUAGUGAGAAGCGAACCGAGUUAGAGACGAAAGUCGAGUCAGCUGAUGAUGUGAAGUCGAACGAUAUGUUUUGGAGCCUAAGCGUGCCUAAGGGCUCGAACCGUGACUAUGACGGGUGCAACCUUGAAAAGAUGGUGGUCUCGAUGUCGGAAUGGAAUCGGUUUCCGGACGUUCUUGUUUUUGUGGCGGAAUUUGAUUUCUUGAAGGAACGAGGAGUGGAGUAUGCCGAAUUUUUGAAGGGAAAAGGCGUGAAAGUUGAACUUAUUGAGACGAAAAACGAAAAACAUGUUUUUCACGUUUUCCGGCCCGAUUCCGAGGAGACUAAGUUGUUACAAAGUCAGAUGAAUGAGUUCAUACAUAGUUUUUAA